ACUACAUCGCCAGAACAACUAAACAAGAUUAUUCCCUCUCCGGGACCAAUUGAGCGACUGACGAGAGGGCUUGGGCAGCGCCCGUUUUCGAAAAAGGACAAGACAAGCGCAGAGAUGAGUCUCUCUGCCAGAUUGGCUUGGCGAGCGACGACGACGAGGUGUACUGCAAGAUCGAUACCUGCUCUCGUGAGGUCCGCGCCCAGACCCACGAUAGCAUCAACCCCGCGAUGCCUCUUCUUCACAAAGGCCCAAUCAUGGUUGGAUCAUAAGUCCCAACAGACAAAGCUAGAGGACAAGCCUCAUGGUCAACCUGUGAUACAGCACGAUAACGAUAUCAAGCCGUCACGCCCUGCUGCCGUCCUGCACGAAGACAUUUACACGCUGCCCAACAUCCUAACCUUCACACGUCUUGUCGCUGCCCCGGUCAUUGGCUACCUCGUUCUUCACGACCAGCACGCAUGGGCCGUCGGCCUCUUUGCCUAUGCGGGCGUAACAGAUCUCCUCGAUGGAUGGAUAGCGCGUCGCUGGGACAGCAAGACAGUCGUGGGCACAGUCAUUGACCCAAUGGCAGACAAAACUUUGAUGACGAUCUUGACCAUUUGUCUGGCUGCCAAGGGCGCAUUACCGAUUUGGUGCGCUGGCAUCAUCCUGGGCCGUGAUGUCGGCCUCGCUAUUUCUGCAAUUUACUACCGAUGGAUUUCUCUCCCGCCACCAAAGACAUUUGCCCGCUACUGGGACUUUUCACUUCCAUCAGCUGAAGUUCGUCCCACGACUAUCAGCAAGUACAACACCUUCUUGCAACUUGCGCUCGUCGGAAUCACGACUGCUGCACCCCUCUUGAGCACCGACUUGUCAUCUGCCCUGACAGUCAUGCAAUACGUCGUUGCUGCUACCACCAUUUGGAGCGGUGCAAGCUACAUCUACACAAAGGAUGCAGUGAAAAUCCUUAAUAAGCAAAACUCUAAAAAACCCUGAUUUGAUAUCGUCGUUCAGAGUCUAUCAAGCUGCAGACCACGAUAGAAACAGAAGAGGCCACAAAUUUGGCUUCACCCAGCACGGCCCGUGCCUAGGGCUAUCCAGAAAGCAGGAAACGCAAGGUUUGAACGAAAAGACAAAGUUCAGCAAGGUUCGAACAGAACUUUGAGCUUGAGCUUGAUUGAAAAUCUUGCAUAUACCCCCUUUAUGUACCAACACUAGCGUCGAUGAUGAUAGAACAAAUCUUAACCUGCAUAUUCGAACUCUCGGACUCGAAUUCCCAAUCAGACAACAAUGCUGAGAUUGUGGCAGAAAUAUUUGACUUUUGAAAGAUUUAUUUAAGACCUGUCUUGUCCCCUCCCAAAUACCUUAUUCAAUGAAACGCCAUUUGUAUGCGAUUGAUCCCAAAUUAACUUAUACACUGCCUCGAUUCUUAUUCGUUCUUUGUGUCCGGCGCCCACGUGAAGCAUCCUUCUCCAACAAGUAUGCUUCAGGCCUCCGACGAACGUGAGCGAGUAGACGUAAACUGCCCGAUGGAGUCACGCCUUCAACAUGCCUCGCCUGUGCGAGGUUCUCUGGCUUCGCUGCCUUGAGCGCCUCCUUCUCUGACAUUGCAAGCCCAGGAAUGUUGUCAUAGUUGAGAUCAAGGGGUAUCUUGACGCGCUCAUCGUUUGUUAGCUGUUUGCGCUCUGACUCGGCGAUUUUGAUAUACGGUGCGUAAAAUGAUUCGAUUUCAACACGACGUCGUACGCGAGGUGGAAAGUCCAUUACGCCUGGGAUGACUGGUGCAAGCUGUUCGAUACCGACGCGUGUAUCGGGGUUUGAGAGACGGAGGACAUCUAUACCAUCGCGACGCUGAGUGUUGCGCUUCAUAUGGUACCCCUUUUCGAUCCACUGUAAGGGGCUUAAUGAUACUGAUUGUAAGAGCUUAGUAAGGUCAUCAAUCUGCUGCCUCUCAUCGCGAAAACGACUCCAGCGCUUCUCCGAUAUGACACCCCACCCAUAGCCCUUGGAUGUCAGUCGAACAUCAGCAUUGUCAGCACGUGAUGCCAUGCGGAAUUCGCUUCGGGAGGUAAACAUCCGGUAAGGUUCGGUGACACCUUUCGUGAUAAGGUCAUCCACCAUGAUGCCAAUGUACCCAUCCCCUCUUGAGAGAAAAACCUGUGGAAACCCUUGAGACGAACGACCGGCGUUAAUGCCCGCAAGGACACCUUGGCCAGCAGCCUCCUCAUACCCAGUCGUGCCAUUGAUUUGACCAGCCAGGUACAGACCACUGAUGGCUUUGGUCUCCAGGGUCGACUUCAGCCCACGUGGGUCGAUGUAGUCAUAUUCAACACCGUACCCGGGCUGAAGCAUUUUUGAGUUCUCGAGGCCUGGGAUCGUGCGCAAGACCUCCUCCUGCGCCUCAGCAGGAAUUGUCAUGGACAAACCAUUGGGGUAAAUGACAGGGCUGUCCAAACCUUCGGGCUCGAGCCAAACUAUGUGUCGUUCCUUGUCGGCGAAGCGAAUAAUCUUUGACUCAAGAGAGGGGCAGUAGCGUGGGCCCUUGACUGUCUCUCGAAUGUGUAUCGUCUUAUCAAGGUUUUCACGCACUAUCCGGUGAGUUUCCUCCGUCGUGUACGUCACACUGCAAGUCAUCUGCUCCCGAAUCGCCACAGUUUCAUUGAGGUAACUGAAUGGUGUUGGUGGGUCAUCUCCAUACUGCUUCUCCAGCACAUCAUAGUUUAUGCUCGCUGCGUCGAUUCGGGGUGGCGUGCCAGUCUUGAGGCGUCCCAGCUCGAAGCCCGCAUCACGCAAUGACUUGCUCAGCCCGAAUGUCGCCGCCUCACCGAGUCGACCAGCUGGAUACGCCGUCAGCCCGAUGUGUAUUUCGCCUCCGAGAAAUGUCCCUGUCGUUAUGAUAACCUUUUUUGUCGGGAGAGUUUGACCGGACUCCAGGCGCACGCCCGCAAUGCGACUUGAUGCGCCUUCGAACAAUUCUUGUGGCUCAGUGACGAUAUCGGACACGCUGUCGAGCACGAUCGAUAGGCCCGGAUACGAAGAGAGUUCGUCUUUCAUGUGUUUCUUGUAGAGCUCUCGGUCGAUUUGAGCGCGGGGUCCCUAUUGCGAGUUUCAUUAGUCACUGAUUCUGCCAACAACGAAUCCGAAUAGUCGACGAACCCAGACAGCAGCGCCUUUUCGCCGAUUCAGAGUAUGAAACUGAACACCUGAUUUGUCGAUAAUCCUCCCUGCCAAUCCAUCGAGCGCAUCAAUUUCUCGAAUUAUUGUGCCCUUGCCGAUACCGCCGAAACUCGGAUUACAGGAACACGUUCCUAGAUUGUCGAUUUUCGGCGUUACCAAGGCUGUUCUUGCGCCAGAUCGUGCAGCAGCAGCACAUGCUUCAGCGCCCGCGUGGCCGCCUCCGAUUACGACGACAUCGUAAGGUCUAGAGCGAGGGUGUCAGUGAUGAUUUGCGAUGCGAUGGAUGUCAUGACGACGAGAUGUUGUUUGCUGAGACAUACCGUAAAUCACUGGAAACAGUCGCAAGGUACCGCCGUCUUGUAAUUAUCCAUUGGUGCCGUAGUACGGCUGCCCUAGGUCUUAGUAGCGCACGCAUUUCAUGUUGUUGUCGUUGUAAAAUUUGCCCUCAUGACGGGAGCAAGCUCUAAAUUUUGGGUGUUGGCAUCAGAAAGUACGGGUUUAGUUAAUACGUCUCAUCCAAUCAGGUUACAACUUGGCGUUCUCUCACCCACAUCGGCACUUCAUCAUGAUACUUUACAUCCUUGCAAUAGACAAUAAAUUUAGGUACAAUUCAAUGGUUGACAUUAUCUGUAUUUGAUUUAAAAUGGCUCAAAAUCGUCGCUGCAAUUGAUACUGUUUCUCAUAUGACCAUAAUCUCUACCUCCUACCACGGCUCUCUGGCCAUGAACUGACAGCGUCAUCCACCUCCUCCAAGAAGGUCGCCGAGUUGUGAAUCGUUGUACCUCCUAAAACUACUCUGACGCCUGGACUCGACGCGUUCAGCUCUGCGAUCAUCUUGGCUUCUUCAUAAGUCGCACCCCCAACGAUGAAUACGAUUAUGUCCUGAGACAUUUUCUACUCCUUUGAGACCCUUGAAGCGGCUGCUAGUACCAGAGAAAAUGCCUGCCGACUCGAAGAUUUCUGAUAUUCCGCCCUGAGACUGUGACGCUUGAAGGGAGUUGUGAUACGCCGUCACCUUGCUGACCAAAUCUGCCUCUCGCGGAGAUACGUUUCCGGCAGCGACAAGGAGGUCCUGAAGCAUGGGCAAAGUGUUGGAAGGAUGUUUAUGAUAGCGGAGAGCGUAUAAAGCUACGAGGCCAACCUUACUUUCUGGUGUAACAUUCGGUGAUUGAAUGAGUCGCUGAAUAUUCUAUGAAUUGUGUUAGCUCAUGCUCAAGGUUCAUUCAAGAGGACAAGC